AUGUACAGCUCGAAUAGCACUGCGGCGCAGGAGUGGGCGCGCAAGCGCCGCGAGAAGAUAGAGAGGGCGAAGGAGCUUCGCGAGGCACGGAAGCGCGAGAGGGAGGCGGGCCCGUACGAGGGUGGCUUUGGUUCUUGUGCCGCUGGCGGGGACGUCGACAACGCAGCGCCGGACUACGAUUUCGGGCCCGCUCCGACGCGUGCGGACCCCAGUCCGCCGCGGGAUCGCGGCGGGUACGACCGGGGCCCGCCACCCGUCCAGCCACGCGCGAACGCGGGCCCGCGCGCUGCCCCGCCGUACACCAAGCCCACUUCGCAGCCCAGCAGCGGCUCUCUCGGAGGGUACGGAGCGUCGGGCCGAUACCAGCCACCACCGCUGUACUAUUUCGACGACCAGGGGUCCGCGAAGAAGGCGUUCGAAAUACCACAGCCCAAGCCAAACGUGAACUAUGUGCCGGAUGAUCCCAGGGACCCCGCAAACUACGGCAACAGGCCGCUGGGCGACUACGAAGCCCCCCGGCGCCACGCCGAGGACGCGGACGGCACCUGGACAACCACGCUCCGCGGCGCGCUGCCCGACAACGACCUGCAGCCCGCGCGGGCGAAGUCGCGCGCCGACAAGAGCCGAAACGCCCCCCGGCGCCCGGAAUGGAACAACGACUUCGUGGAGGACUUCUCCCUCGGCGCCCCGCCCGAGCCGGAGCCCGCGCCCGCGCCCGCGCCCCGGCGCACCGUCCGCAAGGCCCCCCCGCGGCCCGAUUGGAACAACGAGUUCGCGGAGCCGGAAACCACCGUCGACGGCGCGUUCCCCGCGGCCCCGCCGCCGCGGCCGUCCCCGGGCGCGCAGGCCUCGUCGGGCCGCAUCAACCGGCAGGGCCUCGCGCGCCUGAAGGACAGGAUGGCCGGGCGGAGAGCGGGUGGCAGCGCGGGCAGUGGGGGGUCGGCGACGCCGUCGCCGGCGCCGUCGCGCGGGCCGUCGGAACGCGCGCGGCCCGCGCAGCCGCCGGCGCCGUCGCGCGGGCCGUCGGGCAGGGCGCGGCCGCCCGCGACGGAUGAGGAGUACAGGGCACCAGCGCGGCGCAGCGCCGACGCCGGCGCGUGGCAGACGGGCGCCAGCGCCGGCGCCGCGGGCGGCGCGCGCGCCGCAUCCGGCGGAGAACGGCGCCGGAAACGACGACGUGCCGCUCCCGCGGGCGCCGGCGAUCCCGGAGGGCGCGGACGACGCGCCUCCGGCGCGACUGAUCCAGUGUCGCAGUUGCGGACGGUCGUUCAACGAGCAGGCGCUGGCGAAGCACGCGAAGGUCUGUCAGAAGGUGUUCCAGACGAAGCGGAAGGCGUUCGAUUCGACGCGGCACCGCCUUGCCGGGACGGACGCCGCGCAGGUCGCGCCGCGCGGCGGCAGAGGCGGCGCGGGCCGCGGGCGCGCGGGCGCGGGAGCGGACAGGCCGAUCAAGCCCGCGGGGGGCGGGAAGGGCGGGAAGUGGCGGCAGCAGAGCGAGGCCUUCCGCGCCGCGAUGCGCGCCGCUCGCGGCGUCACGGAGGCGAUCAAGGCCGGAAAGGACCCGCGCGACAUUCCGGUCGUGCCGUCGCAGCCGGACCCGGACCUCGUGCCGUGCCCGCACUGCGGCCGCACGUUCAACGAGAAAGCCGCGGAACGUCAUAUUCCAAAGUGUACCAGCAUCAUGGCAAAACCCAAGAUGCUGCGCGCGGGGGGCGGGCGCGGGGGCGGCGGUGCGCGCGGAGCUCCGCCACGGGGCCGCAUGCGGUAGCGUCGGCCCGUGCGGCGCCGUGUGUGUGA